GCGGCUCUGGAGGAGGACUAAGCAGUCAUCUGUGUUUCUUGGUUGACUGCACCUGAGUGCUGCGACCAUGUCAGAGUGAGCUCUGCCUCUUGGAAAAGGAUGGAUUCUUGUUUCAUGCCCUGGUGAUCGACUGAAGUUUGGCCACAGGACUUGAACACAAUGGAGAACAGCACGACUAUCUUCCAGGACGUCACCCAGGUUUUAAAUCUGACAGUAAUGCCUCUGAACCCUCUCGAAGAGCAGGUCAUAACAAUAUUUUUGACGAUUCUCAUCUGUGGAGUUGGGAUUGCUGGCAAUAUCAUGGUGGUGCUGGUUGUGCUGCGCACUAAACACAUGGUGACCCCGACCAACUGUUACCUUGUCAGUCUGGCUAUCGCAGACCUCAUUGUGCUCCUGGCUGCAGGGUUGCCUAAUAUCUCUGAUGUUGUAGCGUUCUGGAUAUACGGCUACACAGGGUGCUUGUGUAUAACUUACCUUCAGUACCUGGGCAUCAACGUGUCAUCCUGCUCUAUCACAGCAUUCACCAUUGAACGAUACAUCGCUAUUUGUCACUCCAUAAAGGCACAGUUCAUAUGCACCGUUUCCCGGGCCAAGAGGAUCAUAGCUGGAGUGUGGGUCUUCACCUCACUCUACUGCAUUAUGUGGUUCUUCUUAGUGGACAUACAUGAAACCGUCUAUGCUAAUGGAGUGGUGGUCACCUGUGGCUAUCGUGUCUCCAGGAGCCUCUACAUGCCAAUCUAUUUCCUGGACUUCACUCUCUUUUAUGUGAUCCCCCUCAUUGUGGCCACUGUGCUUUACGGACUCAUCGCAAGGAUUUUGUUCAUGAGCCCCUUGCCGUCGCAUCUCAACGACGGAGCCGGAGGAGGGUCUGUUCACCAGGGUCACUCCAACAACACCAAGGCCAACAAGGGCGCAGUCUCUGCAAGGAAGCAGAUAACAAAGAUGCUGGCUGUGGUGGUCAUCCUCUUCGCCUUGCUCUGGAUGCCUUACCGAACACUGGUGGUGGUCAACUCCCUCGUCGACCCGCCUUACAACACCACCUGGUUCCUGCUCUUCUGCCGGAUGUGCAUCUACACCAACAGUGCCAUCAACCCCAUCAUUUACAACCUCAUGUCUCAGAAGUUUCGUGUUGCGUUCAAAAAGCUCUGCAAAUGCAACUGGCAACAAAAGGAGAAGGCAGCCGAGUACAACAUGCCGAUGUAUUACGGCAUGAUCAAGGAUUCAUCCCAUGAGAGCAACGAGCCGAUGACAGAGCAGGAGGACGUGAGUGGCCAAACCAUCAAGAGGUUCAAUGUAACGGAUGAUGACACGAGCACUUUCAGCAUCUCUUAAUAAAGGCUUUGAUGAGUGUGUUGGGUUCAUUAGGACAGAUUGUGUGUAUGAUAAAUUAUUUAAGGAUAUCUUUCAUUUUAAUAUUUAACAUUAUUAUCAUGUUAUCAUAGUUGUUUCCAUCUGUUAGAAAAAGUAUUUACUGACACGAAUCUGUAGAUAUUCUCUGUGUUUGCUGUGACACAGGUUUGUGUUUGUGGUGUCGUAGUUGUGGUGCUUUUGCAUCAGUAUCGUAACUGUGAAAUAUUGUACCCCCAAUUUUAGUGCACAUAAAUAAGACAUGAAGGGAAAGAUGGGUAUUUUAUGUGAUACAUGUGUUACUGAUGCUAUGGGUACAUAUUUUGAAUUUUUCUUUGAAAUAAUAUUCAGACUUUAUGUGAACUCGUUUUGUCAAGAGAAAGCACAACUUCUGUUUAACAAGGAUUCAAUUUAUUUCUCACUUAAGAGAACACUAUUGAGGUGAUAUUUCAUCGCAGACCUGUGUGGGCUUGUAUAGACUGAGUUUAAUUGACAGCUCCCUUACUCUCCUGUUACAUCUGUUGCACCUGUUAGCUUAGGACCAUUUACACAAUUAUCAUUAUUACUUCACAGAGUUUGUUGACAUCAUGUAAUUCCCAGAAUUGCUCCGUCUAAUUUCAGCAUGUGUAGAAGUCUAAUUAGCCAGAGAAAACUGAUUGAAAACACCUGUGUGAGCGUGUAGGACUUUUAAUAUUAAGUGUUUUGAGGCUCAGUUUGUAGCAAGAAUGUUUUUAUGCCUCAGCGAGAGCCGGAGGCAUUAUGUCUUCGGGAUGUCCAUCCCUCCAUCCGUCCAUCCGUCCCAUUCUUGUGAAUGUGAUAUCUCAGUAACAUCUUUAAGGGAAUUUCUUCGAAUUUGGUACAAACGUUCACUCAAGGACAAAGUGAUUAGAUUUUGUUGGUCAAAGGUCAAGGUCUCUGUGACCUCAUAAUACAUGAUUUUGGUAUUUUGAACACAAUAUGUCAAGAACUCCUCAAAGGUCAAGACUUCACACAGCAAGUAUUAGAUAACACAAAUGGUUAAUAUUUUAUGUGAUUCUGUAUAAACAGUGAUGUAACCUCAAAGUAGUCUCAGUGAGGUAGGCCGCAAUUGCAAGGUGUUAUUUCUAGUUUUUCAUUUACCAACUGCCUCAUCUUUUACUUCUACAAUUUGUCACUGGAUUUACUUGAAAAUGAAAAAAACAAAACAAAAACAGUAACCCAGCCCGUCCACUGAAAUGACUCCAGAGUGACUCUGCAUGCAGGGAAAGUUUGUAUCUUUGGAUCAUAGACAUCCAGUCUGACAAACUGGUAGGCAGGAACUAAUGACCAUGGAGGCAGUUCCAAUUCAAAACAUCAUCCGAGUCAGAGAAGGAAUAUAAAGUUGUUAUUACAGUCACUGGAGAUGUGCAACAAAUCUGACAGCGAAAACAUUUUAGAAAAAUGCUAAUUGUUGUCGCCAAGUUUGCAGUCUCCCUCAUCUCACUGCAGUCAUCUUGUGUUGUCAGCCACACUACAGCAUCUCUCAACAUAUGGAGCUCUCGAUUUGUCAUAUCACAGUGAAUUGGUAUUGAAUAUCUAGAACCAGUGUAAGACACAUGUGUAAAUCCCUUUCAUGUUUGAGCCAGAAGUUGAUCCUGUGCAAAUACAUUUUGUAAACAGGCUUUGCAGCUUCCUGUGGACUGUGGGAUUAAUAAAUCCCUUUACAACCCUAA